UACCGUAUUUGUAAAUAAAUUGUAUUUAGGUAUUUUUCGGAAUAAUAAUAAAUUAAUCUAUGGCGGAUGACGAAGAUGAAGGAGAAGGGGGGUUAUAUGAAGAGGGGCACUGGAUUUGGGAUGAAAAUGCUAAUCAAAUUACAUUUAUAAGUGAUCGGCCGGUAUUCGAAGACGAGGCUAUUCAAAUGCCGACCAAAGUACCGACGGGAGCCAUAGAGUUCAAAGACGACGUCGAUUUAAUAGAGCAGUUAAGAUAUCGGAGACGCUAUCAACGGAAACUGAAGCCUGAACAACCGGAUAUAGUUACAGUGCAAGAUUGCAAGGACCUCGCGCUGUACACGGCGCCGGUGGCCAUACAGAGUCCCGCCCUGAUCAACAUGCUGCAUAUACCGACUACUGACAGAUUCAUCAAGGCAUUAAUUUUAUGUUGCCAAUAUUAUUUACAGCUAUGCUCGCAGGUGUCGGACGAGAUGGCGCAACGCAUGCUGGACCUGGAGACGCGCGUGCGCACCCCGUACUGCGACGUGGUGGAGAGAGAGUUCGGCAUCAACCUCAACGAUUUGCGCGUGCUAGUUGCUAAGGAGUAUUGCACUAUGCUUAUAGGUGGGGCGGACACUAAGAAGUACCACCACAUGGGCCCGGCGAAGAAGCGGCGGUCGUUGUCCGACAAGGACGCGCGGCUCUUUGAGACGCUGCUGCGGAUGUGCGUGCAGAUCGUCUGGCUCGCUUUAGGACGCAAGGCGUUCAAUCAGAUUGAGCUAGAGGUGAAUCGGUUGUUUAAAUCGGAAAUCUUCAACGCCGUAGAGCACACGCUAAAGACCAAGUACGUGGAGAAAAUGUCGAGGGAGGAAAGAAACGUCCUGCUGGGCGAAUGUGUGCGAACUGACAAGAAGCUUACCACGAAGUCACCUAUGAUGAACGAAGUGUUCUGCCAUAGGGACAUUGACUAUCGUAUGAUGGGAAUUGGAGUCAUCAAAAUGAAGCAAAUGCCGUCGCGUCUCAAGUAUAUACAUAAUCUUGUGGCCGGGCCAGAGGAGAGGUACGCGGAGCUAGGGGUCUCGCUCGGGAUCGUGGGGCUGCCUCGCUCUAACUUCGACACCAUGCUCAAACCGCUGCCUACGGCGGAAGAUCACAACAAGUACAUUUUUUGUUUCAGAGGGUCACUUGUGAGCAGUAUCAGUGCAAAAAGCAGCAGUAGCGUGAAGAAAAGCGGAACGGCGUGCGCUCAACCAAAAUUGUAUGCCGACAUUCACUUGCCAUUAAAAUCAGAGCACGACGACACGUUCCCAUCUUCGUUCCCGAGUGAGCCCGAACCGCCGACGCCGUGCAACGACACGCAGCGCCGGCGCUGGCUCAAGCGUCUCCAAAGGCUGCGGCGCGGGCAGAGGGCCUCCACCGUCGUUAAACGCCUGUAAAUUCAUUAUAAUAAUUACAUUUACCUGUAAUAAAGAAAAAAAAUUAAAAU